AACAGUUCCCUUUUGUUUAACCAACAGGAACUAGACAGCUUGGGUUACUCUGAAUUCCCACCAGGCUGGGACAUCCUUGGACCAAUUCUGGAAAAGAUAUGCAAUGAAGCAGGCACGAAUUGCUCCGAUAUAAUGACUGCUUUAACAGGUCCAAAUUGCUGUGUAAACACUUCCAAGGCAAGCGUCUUACUUAAACAUGAACCCCAGCCAACUGCAACUAAGAACAUCAUCCACUUAUCUCAAAUGAUAAGAACAGGGACCAUAGCGAUGUAUGAUUACGGCAGUGAAGAUGAGAAAAGGAAGCAGUACGGUAACUCGAGUCCACCGGUGCACGACAUGAGAAACAUCCCGAAAGAGCUUCCUCUUUUCCUCGGCUAUGGCGGUCAAGAUAUGUUAGCCGAUGUUGAAGAUGUGAAGGCUUUGCUAAAUGACCUCAAAGAUCAUGAGGAGGGUGAGCUGUUUCAAGUAUACAGCGAGGAAUAUGCACAUGCAGAUUUCGUUCUUGGUGUUAAUGCUAGCCAAGUUGUCUAUGAUCCUAUGAUUUCCUUCCUCAACCUCCAUUGACCUUCAACUUUGAGCUUUAUUUUUUAUAUAUUAUCAUUUUGU